CUCUUUCUCACUCUCCUCUCCAGCCCUUAUCUCCUCUUCUACGAAAAUCCCCCCUCGUUCCAGUUUUUCUAAUCCUCCGCCUCUCCUUAGUAAUAACAACCUCUCAUUUCUAAAUUUUUCUUUUCUUUUUGUUGUUAUAGAAGACGGGAAGACAACAUCGACAGAACCAGACUCGGCCAUUCGUUUCCAUUUCCAUCAAGUGUUUAAGAAAGCUGUGGUCAUGUCAUUGCAAAUCAAAGGAACUGAGAUCAUGGUCAAUGGAUGCCGCCUCUGUACUACUCCUCUUCUUAAUUGCAAUGCGAGUAGGGGCAUUGAAGAGAAUGAGAGUAUGAGACCUAUCCAAAAUAUUCUCUUCCUAGCUCCAAACGUAAAAUAUUUCGAGCUUCAUUUUUUGAAAGCGAUGAUCAAAGUCAAAGUGGAUGACAAUAUUAACUGAUGGAAUGGCAGAUGCUAAGGUAUCAACUGAUCAAAGUCAAAGACUGAUGAUGUCAACCGAGAGAUUGAAUCAGUCUAGUGAUAGCAUAAGAGAAGCCCGCAAAGUGAUGUUGUAAACUCAAUAGCUCGGGGUUUCAAUCCUUCACGAUUUGCACCAGCAACGCCAAUCUCUUCUUCAUGCUCAUAAUACACUCCAUGGAGUGGAUGACAAUAUUAGCAGAAGCAAGAAGAUUAGACAAACAUGUCAAUAUUGAUUGUUUACUUUAAGUUUGGGACAUUAGUCAAAUUCCCAGGUUUUUGUGUGUACAACCUUUUGGUGUGUGUUUGAAACCAGAAAGCGUGUCAUUUUGAAAUUCUAUUAUCAUCCUUUUGACUUGUGAUUCAGGUGUUACUUUGUAAGUUUGAGGUCAUUGUUUGGC